AGAGAGAGAGAAAAAAAAAAAAAAAACAACGGACGGAAGUAGGGAAGAGAGAGAGAGAGAGAGAGAAAAGUGGCGGGACUGAACGAGAGAAAAGAGUUAGAGAAACCAAUUUUUCACUCAACUGACCCCAAGCUGACCUAAUGGCGUGUAUUAGAGCCGAUAUAGAACGUCUGGCAGUGCGUGGCGAGGCGGGGCUGUCCUGGAAUGAAAACGCAGCCAGUUUUGUGCUAACCAGUGAAACGCCCUAUGACACAGCCCUCGUUAGACUUAGUUCCAAGAUAGACGCGUACCUACUGCUCCUCAACAGACACGUGGCUAUUGAGGGCUUUACUGUAGACCUGGUGGAGGUGAGGGAGGAGGAAGAGGAAGAAGGCGGGGUAUUAAAUUAUAUCCAAGAACGGUUGGUUGGAAAAAGGAAGAAGGGAGAUGGGAAGAGCAAGGCGGAGGAGCGACUGCUGGAGGCGUGGCAAGUAUGUGAGGUUAGGGAUUACGGUGGCGUGCAUGUACUAGCCAAGGUCACCCCAGAGGUCAUGCCGCAGCACUGCAAUAAGGACAGGUACAGUGCCGGCCAGUAUGGGGAGGCACUACUGCAUGGCCUUCGCGCUUACUACAUGUUUGACUGCUGCCACGCACUCUUCCAGCCGGACGCAGUGGGGCUGUGGGGUGGCGGCGGCAGCGACUGUAUGGAGCCUGUCAUUAAGUGCUACCUGGUGUUGGCCUGGCGUAUAGCAGAGCAGGGGAAAGUUGGAGUCACUAGCAGGAUAAGACCUUCACUGACUGUCACUGCCACCACUGCUGCCACUGCCACUAAGAGACAAGGGCACAAGAGAGGCACAGAAACACAGAAUAUAGAUGAAGAGCCUCUCACCCCUGCAAAAAAGAAAAUGAAAGUUGGUGGCUGGGACCCUGCACCCCUACAGGCAUCCCCAGCCAAGGGAGGUUCAGAGGAGGUAAUUCUGACUCCAAAACAGAAGAGAGACAUAAUUCCUGUUGUGCAGUACAGCCCUGACAUCAUAAUCAAACAGGGAGUGACCCAUCCAAAACAUUCACCACAGAAAUCGACCAACCAGAGUCCAGGAUCUUCUGCAAGACAAACCAAUGAGAAGGUGACGCCACAGAAAUCAACCAAUGAGAGAACACCACAGAAAGCAGCCAGUCAGGAUGCAGAUGACCUUGGCGAGCUUGCUAACGUGACCUUUGGGUUUGAGAGAGCCACACCAAAAGGCAGGAGACAGACAACUCAGGGCACCCCCAGGAGGAAGAGCGUCUUGCUUCCUAAUUGGUCAGAGGAAGAGAAGAAUACAUUGAUGCGUUUCUUUGACACACUAAAUCCCAACCAUCCGGAACAGACUCGUGUGGCUCUGACCUGCAAGUUCGCCUCCAUGCAAUUUGGCCAAGAGCUUCCGUCAAAGCACCUUUACCAGAUGAUACAGCAGAAGGGCCGUUCUGUUCACCCUCCUCUUGACUCGUACACCCUACCUGGUGGACUGAAGGCCGCCCGAGCUGCUGCCGCUGAACUGUUUCACUCCCUCAACCCAAAAGUGACCGAGAGCAAGCGUGUCGCUUUCACGUGUCGCUUCAUGCAGACUCAGUAUGGAGUGGACAUUAAAUCAAAGGAGCUUUACAACAUCCUUAGUGGGGAAGGGAAGAUGAGGUAAGGGAGCGACGGCAAGGUGUAGGGAUGGCUGAAGGAUAUGUAGUGAUGUAAAGAUGGGUAGGGUGUAGAGAGAGGCCUGUGAGGUUGUAGAGACAGGGCUGUGAGGGUGUUAGGAAGGGUGUAGAGGUAGUGGAAGGGGUAGGGAGGGUGUAGGAAGGGACAGGGAGGGUGUAGGGAAGGCAGGGAAGGUUAGGAAAGAGAAGAGGGCAAGAAAGAUGAUGAGGCAAGGAAGAAAGAGGAGAGACAGGGAAGAAAGAGGAGAGAACAGGAAAUAGAAAAAAAAUGGAGAAAAAGGUAUUGAGAGAAAGAAAGAGAGAGAGAGAGAGAGGAUAGGUUUUUUUUUUACUUAAUUUGCCAUGGUUUAUCUUUGAAGCUUUUCUUGUUCCAUAUAUAGACAAUGCAUUAUUAUUAUUUCUGGGCUCUAGUUUUGCUUCAGUUCUUUUUUUUUUUUUAGUUUUUAGUUAAGUUUGCUUUGAAAUAUCUUGUUCCCAUUAACCUCAAAUAUUUUAACCACGCUUGUUUUUUGCUCUUUUUUUUUUACGUUUUAUUCCUUAAUUUUUUUUUUUAUGUGAAUUUUAGUUGCUUUUAUGUUUUUUUGGGGGGUUGUGUAUCCUUUUAAAACACUGACGUACGUACAUUAAGUUUUUAAGAAGUGUUCCAAAUAUACACAUUACAUUAUUACUUUCUCUGUGUUCUUUAUGCCUUUUGUUAAAAUUUCUAUGUGGCUUUGUUUAUUUAUUUAUUUAUUUUUUAUUUUAUUUAUUUAUUUAUUUAUUCAUUUAUUUAUUUAUUUAUUUGUUUGUUUAUUUAUCUAUUUUAUUUACUUAUUUUUUUUAUUUAUUUAUUUUUUUCCUCCAUUUUUAUAACACUGACUUGCCAAUUUAUAGUUUUUGGGAAGCGUUCCAGCUAUACACAAUGCGUCACUAUUUCAUUAUUUCAGUGUUCUAUUUCUUUCUUUAUGUUUGAAUUGCAAGUCUCUUUUUUUUUUUUUUUUUUUUUUUUUUUUUUUUUUAUGCUUUGCUUUUUAUGCUUUUAUGUUCUUUACCUUUGUUUUUAUAUUUCUUAUCUUUGUUUCCUCCACUUUAUAAUACUAACUGAAGAAAAUAAGGUUUCUUCAUCAGACAAAUAUAUUUACUGAUUCAAUUUAAUUUCUCAGUAACUGUACCAUUCAUUAGUGUGUCAGGACAUUUGUUUUACACACUAAGGUAUUCAGAAAUGCUACUGUCCACCACCACUCUCCAAAGGCUCUCGUUGAAGUCACACGGGUUUUUAAGGGUGUUUCUUACAGUUCGAGUGACAGAUUAACAAGAUUUCUACAUUAUUAACUGGAGAAACACUCUUGAGCACUCAGCUAAUCAUCUCUGUGGCAUUGGAAAAUAGCCGUGGUGAAGUAAUAUGGGAUUUUAAGAUGUUUUUUACGGUUCUAGUGACAGAUUAACAAGAUUUCUACAUUAUUAACUGGAGAAACACUCUUGAGACUCUGGCUAAUCAUCUCUGUGGCCUUGGGAAGUAACCGUGGUGAGAGAGCAGAGCAUUUUUUAAUAUUGGGUAUUGUAGGGUGGAAAGUAAGGUUUCUUCGUCAAAUAUAACCACUUAUUCAUUUUAAUCUCUUUGCUGUAACUUCAUUCAAUAUUCUUGUGGGGAUUUUCGUUUUGCACACACUGCAUGGUGCUGUAACGGUUCUGUUUUUGGCACAAGCUGGAAAGAGACCGAAUAAAUGCUUCAUGACUUG